GCCAGAUACGUCUUGGCGAUGAUGUCUUCAUUGGGGUUCCUCAUUAUCUUCUGUCUACGUUCAAAUCUGAGUGUAGCCCUGGUUGCUAUGACUUUCAUCAAUGAGUCCAUGACCAACAAGUUGAUAAACCAAAGUAGUGAAUGUCCAGCCCCUUACCUUCCAGUUCAUAAUGAAACUGAUAUUAAGGGUGAAUUUGAAUGGAAUGAAGACAUCCAAGGAAUUAUACUUGGAUCUUUUUAUUACGGGUACUUUAUCACCCAGAUUCCUGGGGGCUGGCUGGCUCAGUAUAUCGGUGGUAAACAUCUGGUGGGAUUUUCAACUCUCGUGACAUCCAUUUUAACAAUAUUAUCUCCCUUUGCCGCCAGGUACCAUUGGACCAUGCUGAUGGCUGUUCGUAUCUUAGAAGGUGCUGUCCAGGGAGUGACUUACCCAGCCAUGCAUGCUAUGUGGGGACGCUGGGCACCCAAGUCAGAGAGAAGCAAAUUAGUUUCAAUCACCUAUUCAGGAGCUGGAUCUGGUACCACAAUAGGUCUCCUUGCCUCUGGUUAUUUAUGUGAGUGGAAGGUAGCAGGUGGAUGGCCAGCUACAUUUUAUAUAUUUGGUAGUAUAGGCUGUGUGUGGUUUAUAAUAUGGACUAUACUCAUCUAUGAUUUACCAGAGGAUCAUCCAAGGAUUUCAGCAUCCGAAUUACAACUCUUAAAAACUACCACUAGUUCUUUGCAACUUGAUGAUCAAAAUAAGCCACCUUGGAAGAGUAUACUGUCAUCAUCAGCUGUGUGGGGAAUUGUGGCUGCCCAUGUUGCUAAUGAGUUUGGAUUCUUCAGUUUGUCUAGCUGUCUACCAACUUAUAUGAAGUACAUCCUCAACUAUGACAUUAUGCAGGUCUCCCAAAAUUCUUCAGAGAUUCAAAACACUUAUGGUGUUACCAUCUUCAUAAGCUCAGAUGGUUUCUUGUCAGCUCUUCCCUACAUGGUUCUACUGGUGUUGACUCUAGUUGGAGGACAAGUGGCAGACAUCAUCAGGAUGAAGCAAUGGUUAUCAACUGGAUCCACCAGAAAGCUGAUGAACACAAUUGGUCUCUUGGUGCCAGCUAGUUUGAUGUUAGUUCUUGGAUAUGUCAACUGUGAUUCUACACUAGCUGUUGCUCUACUCACAGCUGCUGUAGGCAUGACAGGGUUAACCUCAGCUGGGUAUUCCUGUAACCAUCUAGACAUUGCUCCACAAUUUGCAGGUGUACUGAUGGGACUAACGAAUAUGUUGGGAACUUCCACUGGAUUUAUUGGACCAUAUAUUGUGAGCCUCCUUACAGACAAUAAUCAAACCCGAAAACAGUGGCAGAAGUUUUUCUACAUUGUGUCUGGCAUUUAUGCUGCUGGAGGAAUCCUGUUUCUAUUUGUAGCUCAAGGGGAAGAACAGAUCUGGUCAAUCAAGGCUACAUUAAAACAGCAGAAACGCGAAAAAACUUUCAGCGUCCAAAAUCCUGCUGAAGAUGAUGAGGAGAACUAGGAUUAAGCCCCUAAGCUUUUUAUUUAUUGCUUUAAAAUUGAUAUGAAAUGGAGAUUUAUCUUCUAAUCUAUACCUCUGCUUGUGAUUGGGCUAACGAUGCCCGGCAAUACAGUGAGGUGCAAUGAGGGAAAUUUUGUCAAUUUUGAUUUUAUAUGUGCAUAAACGUAGCACACAGGACCUGGGUUUUUUCAGCCAUCCAAAAAACUAGACAAUUUUUAUGAUUUUGGUAAUUAAAACAGUAAAAAAUAGAAAUAUCAGUCUGUGGGACAGUCUCUUUAAAGAAAUAAAUUCUUUAAAUAAAUAAUAAU